CAGCCAACGACCGCGGAUUCAUUCAGCAGAAGUAUACCCUCCGAUCUGGAAACUGGCAGACGAUCUCCUCGUAGAGAUUCUGAUCCGCGCCCUCCCGACCCGAACCCUAGGUCCGCCUGCCGGUGCAAGCUCGUCUGCAAGCGGUGGAGCUCUCUCAUCUUCGACCCUGUACUGUUCAAUCGCCGCUUCGUUUCUCACCACCGGAGCAGGAACCAGCAACCUCCCUCCUCUGCUUCUUCACUCGGACGACCCGCAAUCGAUCAUCACGAGCUUUAUACCCAUGACCCGCCGAUCCCUGUCUUUGCAGUGAUGGACUCUUACAAGGACCUGGUCUUGUGCGGAUUCGAGGAUGUGGGUCCCACCAGCGGCGAAUUGUACAGAACCUACUUCGUCUGCAAUCCGUUCACCAAGCAAUGGCUCGCCCUCCCUUUGGCGCCUGAAUUGCCAGCAGGGUGCUCGUAUUUCUUCACAAGGUUAGUCUGUGAACCCCGCAUUGUUAAUGAUCUCGAACUAGGAGAUGACCAAGUCUUUGCUUAUUCGUCCCAGUAUCGAUUCUGCGUUGUGCGUCUCUACCGGCAUGGAUCGUCUUCGAAGCUAGACGUGUUCUGUUCGGAUACCGGAGAAUGGACCAACGAUGUUCUUGUGCUUCCUGAUUAUCACCAAUUCAUAGACAGGAAUGUAGUUUCCUGCAACGGGGAGCUGUUUUGGAGCUAUGCCGUUCCGAGCAAUGAUCCCGGUGCUGUCCACACCAUAAAACCUUUCAUUGCUGCUUUUAAUCCUUUCCGCCCCGAUAUCCCUCCCGCUGCCAUUGAUGUUCCGGAGGUGUUCUGCAGACCCGGGUGGGAUAUCUCGGUCUCUCAAGGCGCCCUGCACGCGAUUGCAUUUGAAGAUCUACUUCGACCUGGUCUUUCACAGAUCGGAUCGAGUGUUUGGAGGCUGGAACGAGACCGGAAGUCUUGGAGGAAACUGUGGGACGGGUUGCUGACGAAGCCGGAAUUGUAUGAGCUACGCCACUAUCUUCGGCCGUGUUUGCAUCCAGAGAAGCCUGAAGUUUUCUUCCUCAAACAUCGUAUUGAUGCUGGUGUGAUUGCUGCCUUGUCCUGCGAUUUGAGGACAGGGGGAGAGGUGGAGCUCUUCGCAGAAGCAAGAGAGUUCUUGAGUUAUUGGAACUUGUUCCUAGCUCAGUUCUCUUGCUGGCCUACUGCGAUUCCAAGGUUCAAGGAAUUGCGAGCUGCGUACGAUGGAAGCUGCAGCUGUUGGGUUCAAGAGCAACAAUGA